UUCAAAACUGGGUAAGUUAUGUUAUGGCAUUUAUGUUUUAUAACUUAUCAAUUUAAUAAUGUACACUACGGCCGGUUGGAUUUACAAACUAUUAAAUGUAUAGAGGUGUGAUAUAAGUGUGAUAUAGGUAUAUUCAUAUCGACAACAGGUGGGCUUACGGACCCAGGUGCCGACUGAGAGUAUCACCAAUGUCGAAAAUAGCACCGAUGAUCAGCUACCCCCAUGAGGGGGGCACUACGACGGAGGCCGUGUACCCCCCUUCACAAGGCGGCGCUUACCCCGACGACCCUGCCUAUCCACCUCCUCCACCCCCGAUGCCGUCGGGAUAUGCCCCGCCCCAGCAUGCCACAUUCGGCGUGGUGGACACUCAGCCCCGCCCCCGAAAGGACAAUGACAGCAGCAAGAGUUCCAACUCAACCAUCUUCGGCGGUUCAUUUGACGAUGAUGCCGUGAGAAGAGGCUUUAUAAAAAGGGUUUACAGUCUCCUAUUCAUCCAGCUGCUGUUUACAUUUGGAAUAGUUCUUGUUUUCUCUCUCGUGACGUCAGUCAAGGAAUUUGUUAAAAACAACCCAGCGGUUUUCUAUGCUUCGUUUGGAGUUUUCAUACCAGUAUUCAUUGUGCUUGUCUGCGUUAAGAAAGUACGGAGAAAGCAUCCUGCUAAUCUUAUAUGUCUUGCGAUUUUCACGAUAGCGUUUACAUACCUGGUAGCAACAUUGAGCAGUUUCUUCGACACUAACAGCGUGAUAGUGGCCGCGGGCAUUACGGCCAUGCUGUGUCUCGCCAUCACGCUGUUCGCCAUACAGACCAAGAUCGACUUCACCCUAUGUACGAGCCUGUUCUUCUGCAUCUUAAUCGUCCUCAUCUACUUCGCUUUUGUCAGUAUCAUACUCAGCUUUGUCGUGCCCGACGGACGGUUCAUUGACGGCGUGUACGGAACUCUUGCGGCAAUGCUCAUCUCCUUGGUCCUUGUGUACGACACCCAGCGGAUUAUCGGCGGCAAGAGCGAGGAGUUGAACCCAGAAGAGUAUGUGUAUGGGGCUCUCCAGCUCUAUAUUGACGUCGUCGUCUUGUUUCUAAUUAUCCUGGCCGGCUGUGGAAAAUCUGGAUGAUCCCAUGACGCGUUCGGGACACACAAGUAUAGGCAAUUGUAACGAGCUUCGCGAUAUAACCGAGUGGGAUCCGGUCGUAUUAUGAGUAGUGGCCAAAACCACUUACAACUUACUUCGUCCAUACAUUAUUCCCGAUUACUUGUUGUCUCAAACAUACUUCAAUUGAAUCUAUCACGCUCUGGUGUACGAGAAUGGUCUAGCAUACUUCAAUCUAUAUGAUUCGUUCAAGUCUCAUAGUGUUGGGUGAAAGCUAUACAUGUUCUACACUGGACUAUUCUCUUUGUUUGACAUUUUCAUUAAGUACCCUUGGCAUUUACGGUGCUCAUGUACGCAUUAAUUCAUCAUGUAAUGAGAUUUAUGCAGUGUUUAUUGGACCUGCAGAUUACUGGAAUUUGACGUGUCCCUAGACUAUUUUGUAUCCAAGGUGUCAUAAGGUCUACCAAGUAAUACACGGGCUCUAGUUCAUUCAUUGGCAUUGUACUCUCUCUCUUGUAAGCAAUAUUUAUUUUGCACCAAGCCCCAAAAGGCUCGACAAAGCGGAUGACGGACGAAUGCUAUCAAACAUGUCGAGGUUGCCAUCAUUCAUCAUCCGCAUUCCAGUAUUAUCAACAAUAGUGGGCGCCGCAUUGAAGUGCACGCCAAUUGGAACCCCUGGAAUAGGAGCGGUUAUUAUGUGAUUACUGUUGAUGGUUUGCUGUUAUGUUUUUUUUCUUCAUAAUUUGCUGUCAUUUUUAAAAUAUUGCAACAAUAUUGAAUAAUGUUUUUUAUGUUUGAAAAUUAUAUACAGUAAAACUGCGAUCGUUCGAACAAGCGGUCGUUCGAGAACCGGCGUUCCCUCGAGGUCGGAGCUUGGUCCCGAACUUUUUCCUUCUAUUUUCAUAUAAGAUAAACCUACGCUGCAUCGAAACCUAAUUAUGUCGAGGAGUCGAGCAAUAUUCUUGGUCCCAAGUACACAAAUCAUGCACAAAACCUUAUGGCUCCCUCGAGGUCAUAAUUUCACACUUUUUCCCGAACGCAUGUUUCAAAAUAAACAAACAAUUGCUAGGUAUUUAAAUUAUCGCAAGUUGUUAAAAUUGCAAUGACAGUUUAAAGGCAAUUUAUAAGGUGUGAACAACCGUUUAACAAUGUUAACGCAUGACCGGUAUUAGUUGAUAUGGGCGGUUUAGAACAUAAUUAUGAGAAGUUAAUGACGAGCAGUUAAUUGUGAGAAAUGUAAAUGAGUAAUAAAAAUAUGAAUAAACACUACGAUAUCGAUCCAACAUCGGAAUAUCUGAAAAUAUUUCCUUUUUGUCACUUUGCUUUGCAAUAUGGCUAUUUGGUAAAAAAAUCGAUUUAUUGAUAUUUCUUUUACAUUUUAUAUUUAAGUAUACAUAAAGUAAACGACAGCCUUUGAACAUAUCAGCGAUUUCCACAACGCAACACAUAAUCGUUGUCUUAGUAAACAGACCACUUCAUACUUGAAAUACACUGAAAUAUAUUUCAUAACAGACUGGAGAAUUGAAAAUCGGGUCGUUCGAAACAUCGGUUCCCUCGAGGUUUAGGCUCGGUCCCCGGCGACUUCGAGCGAUCGCAGUUUUACUGUACUUACAUACAACACACUCUAUUUAGCAUGUGCAUGUAAUUAUAUAUCCAUACCACCAGGACCCCGUACCAUAUAGGUUGGCUUACUCGUAAACCUUACGCCGCUUAAGAGUGCUCAGGUGCACACGUAAAGUCACGGGCAUAAUCUAUGCAAUAAAUGUCCCUUCAAUAUAAAAAUACACGCAAUUUACGCACAAAACGAGGUUACGUCUGCAAAUUUUCGAUCUUAAGCCAUUCGAUCUUUAUAGAACCGGGACCCAGGUCGUCUGUUAUGUAGUUUUGAAGUCGUUCUUGCAUACCUGGAGCUGUGUCAUCAAAGAUACUAGGAGUGAUUUCAUACCUAGAAGCGACCUUUAACAGAGCACUACUGCUGUUGAAAGGCUCUCCCUAGUAGCAUACUUUUUAUGUUAUGUUUGUUUUUGCUUUACUAAACCAUUCGGUCGGGUUAAGCUGGGUGCCAUAGUUGUUGACUAAGUCGGGUUAAGCUGUGUGCCAUAGUUGUAAAUAUAUACAUGUUAUUGUAGCUUUAACAUUUUUACUGAAAUCAACCUUUUCCUCUUUUCUUUGUUUGAGCGAUGUGUUUUGUUAUGUUGUCAUGCAAUAAAAUAUUCG